UGUCUCUCGGUGAGCGUGUGUACCAGUCGUAGAACAUGAAUAUGCUUGAAAUAUUUGUGUUGUCUAUACUUUGCGGUUUUACUUUAUCAUUGACAACGGCAGAAUAUGGCAUUGUUUAUCCAACGCUGCUUAGCUCACGAGAUUCUGACGAAAAGAAAGUAUUAAGAAUAAAUGAGCGCAUGACGCUCAAUCUGGAAAGGAGCCAUGUGUUCUCUGAUCAAUUUAUGUUCAUAUCCGAAGAAAAUGGAGAGCGAAUUCAUCUACCUAUGCGAAAGGAUGAUUAUGAGAAAGAUUUGUAUCAUGAUCAACAUCUGAUGGCUUCAUUAAUGGUCCGCACUGAUGAUGGUGUACACGUGGAAGGCAUCAUUAAUGACUCUCUGCGCAUCAAGCCUCUGUUGCAAAUGGCCCGUUCUGAAGAAGGUCACAUUGCUCAUCAGUUGUUUCAAAUGCUACCUACAACAGAUAAUCCUCCCACGCACAGAGACUACAAACCAGCUAAUGUAACAGAGCCUGCAGGACGGUCUUCUGCUUAUGCAGAGGCUCGAAGCCGUGGAAAAACCUACUACCCCGAAAUACACAUCGUGCAAGACUCAGCGCAUGCUCAAGUAUUUGGGUUUAAAAAGACUGAUGUCAUCGUGUACUUUGGUGUCUUCUUUAACGCCGUAAAUUUGAGGUACGCUACGAAUCGCAGACCAAGGAUCCAACUCCGAAUUUCAGGAAUUACUAUGUCAAAAAAUGCUGAAAAGUACCUUGUUCAUCCCAGACAGGACCAGUAUGAAAUUUUAGACGAAGAGACGCUGGCAGAGUUUAAGCGAUAUUAUGAAACUAAAACUGAGUAUACUUACUCUGACUUGGUAUUUCUAAUCACCGGGCGUGACAUGGUCUUCUAUGAGAACGGAGUUAUCCAGACUUGGGUCGGAGGGUACUCCUAUGUGGGAGGAUUUUGCCAAAAUAGUAAAGUAGGCAUGAGCGAAGACCCCCCAGGGAGUUACUAUGGCGUCCAGGUGUUCUCUCAUGAAGUUGGACAUUCGUUAGGCUGUGUUCAUGAUGGAAGCCCUGCACUACCAGAGUUGCCCGGACACAAAGGUUCUUCGGCGUGCUCUUCGGGAGAUGGUUAUAUGAUGAGUUAUGUGAUGGCAGACAGUAAAAUGUACACUUUUUCGAAGUGCUGCAUCGCUGACAUCACCAACCUGCUGAGCCGCUCCGAGUGGAGCUGUCUGAGUAAGCGACAGCGCAAACCAAUCAAGCGGGAAGGCUUACCCGGCCGGCGAAUAUCUGGCAACGAAUACUGCAGACGCUGCUACCCAGGCAGAGCUGGAAUGCACUACAAUAAAGCAUAUGGCGUUAGAGACUGCAAGCUACAAUGUGAGGACAACCAAGAUUCCUACAUACUCGGCGUGCCAGAUGGUGUUCCAUGUGACGUGGAACGAAAAGGACGCAAGCACUGUGUCCUAGGAGAGUGCAUCAAAAACCGCGCCGAGUAACCGAAAAGACAGGCAUACAUUACAUUUGGUUAUUGCGUUUUCCAAUGUUCACUUGCAUAAUUGCUGGCUUUCUUCGAAUAAAAUGCUUGGAUCGGAAUGACUA